CGUCCCGCAGAGAUGGGUGUGGCAAGCGCAAAUUGGCUGCAUGAUCUGCCAGAUCCCUGCAAGGGUGCCAGCGAGACAACCUGUGGGUGAAAUCACCAGGUGCUCUCCUGUCUUUGAAAUUUCGACUCCCCUUCAUAACAAAACCAAUCAUUUCUCGCGCGCGAGCGCAUGCUACGGGGCCUGCCUGCUCUUGUUCCAUUCUCCAGCCCUCUUCUUCGAUUCGUCGCACUCAUUUCCUGCCCUGUUGCUCUGACCAUGACAUAUUUUGCUUCCUGCAGCCGCCUCCCGCGUCCUUCCUCUCCUUGCCCGGUGCCAGGCCAACAUGUGGCGACGCACAUAUCUCUUUCUGAUCCUCGUAAGGCUCUGGUUCGCGCUGUCGCCCAGUUAUAUUCACCCAGACGAGAACUUUCAAGGCCCCGAGGUCAUCGCAGGCCAGAUUUUCAGCUAUCCGGUUCGACACACUUGGGAAUUCACCAGCGACCGCCCGAUCCGAAGCGUCUUUCCACUAUGGCCGAUCUACGGGCUUCCUAUGCUCUUGCUUCGGUGGCUCUGGAUUGGGAAUGGCAAGGACGGGGAGAUCCCGCCGAUUGCCGUCUUCUGGUCGCUCCGAGUCCUGAUGUUCGUCCUCGGGUUUGUUCUCGAGGACUGGGCGAUCCAUGAGUUGAUCUCCUCGCCGCGCCACCGCCGGGUCGCCGUGCUUCUCGUCGCCUCCUCCUAUGUCACCUGGACGUACCAGACACAUACAUUUUCGAACUCGAUCGAGACAUUGGUUGUCGCGUGGAGCUUGGUGCUUACCGAGCGUAUCGUGGCAAGUCCGCGCGACGCACUCAUGGCCUCGGCGGUAUUGGGGAUGCUGGCAAUUUUCGGCUUCUUCAACCGAAUUACCUUUCCUGCGUUCCUCCUCAUUCCCGGAAUUCGGUUGAUCCCAUGCUUCUGGAAUAGGCCCUUGUCUCUCGCUGUGCUGUUGCUCUCUGCCUUGACUGCCACCGUCGUCGCUGUAAUACUCGACACGGCGUUCUAUACCAAGCACCAGGUGUCAUGGGCGGACAUUGUGUUCCACCCUGUCAUUACCCCUUUGAACAAUUUGCUAUACAAUAUCUCGCCAGCAAAUCUUGCUCAGCACGGUCUCCACCCGUGGUACCAACAUCUUCUGGCCAAUAUUCCGCUACUGCUUGGGCCUGGCGUCCUCCUACUCGUCAACGCUCAACUCUCGCCAAGGCUCUAUUCGGCCAUAUCCGGGCUUUUCGUCCUGUCGAUAUUCCAGCAUCAGGAAGCCAGGUUCUUGCAGCCUACUGUGCCUUUGAUCCUGUCGUCUGUGAAGCUCCCUAAAAGCCGUCCUCUUAGGCGGGCGUGGAUCACGGCGUGGAUCAUCUUCAAUGCGGCUAUGGGCGUGUUGAUGGGAGUCUAUCAUCAAGGCGGAGUCAUACCGACCCAAGUCUUUAUGAGCAAGCAGCCGGAUGCAACCAAGGCUAUCUGGUGGAAGACUUAUUCCCCUCCCAUCUGGCUGCUGAAUGGCAAGAACGAGGUGCUCGAAACUAUGGACGUGAUGAGUCUGGGAAGGGAGGACCUCUUUGCCCAGCUGGAGACCAUGGCAACCUGCGACGCACCAGCAGACAGGAGGAGCAUGGAAUAUCUGAGGGAGAAAAAUGGAACCUACCUGGUCGCGCCGGUCUCGGCUACGGGAUUGGACCCUUACCUUUCCAACAAGGGGCUUGCUGGGCUAAGGUUCAGAGAGGUAUGGCGCCAUGAAAAGCACUUCAACUUUGACGACCUGGAUUGGGGGGAAGACGGCGUGUGGAACACUCUCAGUCGACUCUUCGGAAGACGGGGACUUGCUGUCUGGAGGGUUACCAAGAGUUGCCCUGAGAGGAAAGGGUAACGGCCGUACCACCUUAAAAGUAAUCUAAUCCUAGCGUUUUGUGUUUGGCAACAUGAGGUUCAGCUGUGCAGAUAACUUGAAGUGGAAUACUCGAGCAACGGUGGAAAGGCAGUCAAACC